AUGGUUGGUCAUCGACCGAAAAGGCAACUGCACUCACUUUGGCGCUGCAAACAGAUGCUGCAGCUCUUCUUCAAAGAAUAUCACCCGAAGAGCAAGAGGUCACACUUCUACCAUACUCAACUGAAGAAUUGGUUCCAGAAGUCAGAGUAUCCCCUGGCACACUGUGUGGCUGAAGACUUGCAAGUGUCGAUUGGUAUAGCAAAGGUCUUUCUCAGGAAGCUCGGAGGAAUGCAAGAGCUGCGUCGGUCUAACCCCGAAGUCGGAGAAGUGCUCCAGAUAACUGAAGAUAGUAUCAGCCGAAAGAUCUUAUAUCUGGUUACGAAGAAAGCUUCGUAUCAGAAACCGAAUUACGAGGAUGUCUGGAGCGCUUUGUGUUAG